AUGCAUGUCUCUAUGCUCGCGACCUCUGUCCUUCUCGCCGUCACGCCCGUCAUUGCUACCCGCUGGGUCGUCAACUGGGAGCAAGUCGUCGGCACUACCUGCUGCGCCCGUGGGUCCUGGUUCAACGACGAACUAGGCACGUCGUACUACGUCCCCAACUUCGACGAGGGCUGCCACGGCGCCACCCAGGUUGCGGGCGUCAAGGAAUUCUGUAUCGACUGGGGCCAUUCGCGCGGCCACUUUAUCAGGAUCUCGGGUGAGAAGCUGUGCCUGCACAACAUGGGCACCAAGGUCAUCGAAGAGAGCGACUUCCACGCCACGUACCAGACCACCUUCAGCAGUACGCCCUGCACGUGGUAG